AUGGCUGUACAGCAGUUCCAUCUCCUAGGAGACCAUGUCUCUUCCGCUCGAAAUGUCGAACUGAGUGAUAAACUGAAAGUUGAAGAUGUGAAAGAUCUGAUUGCAUCUCACUUUGCUAUCGUGAGCGCCAAUGGCAUCGGCUUCCAAAGCAAAGAUAACAACCUCCUUCUCGAGGUCUCGGAGAUACUGGCUGCAGAUGGUCCUGUGGCAAUCACGAUCGAUGGACAUGAGGUGCGCGAUCCACCCGCACCCGGCGCAUUGCCGUACGUGGGCAAUUACUUCGAAGUAUACCCCGACCACCUUGGCAACCACCAACGUCUGUUUGAGAAACUCGGGCCUUUGAUCAAGACGACUACCAUGGGAAGAACCAUUUACCAAACCAAUGAUCCGGAGAUCUCGUCUAUCAUCAACGAUGCUCAUCCCCUCUCUGCACUCAAGACACCAGCUGCUGGAGUCUUCUUAGGAGAUACCGAUACACCAGAGUGGAAAGUUGCGCACAAAUUCCUUCCUCCUGCACUUGGCCCUAAAGCUGUUCGCCACUAUGCCCCCACUAUGCAAAAGACAGUUGAGGAUGCCUUUAAGGUGUUCGAUGCCUUUGACGAGCAAGGCGAGGCUUGGAACGUAUAUCAAUACAUGCUCAAGCUAGGGUCUCAGGCAGUCGGAAAGCUUACGCUUGGAUUGGACUUUCAACAUUUCACUUCUCCCGAUGCUCCGCUGCAUGAAAUGGUCCAUCUGAUUGCUGAAAUCCUUGCUUUGAACAAGAAGGUCACCUCAAAAGGCAAUUGGUAUGGCAUGUUGCCAUUCGGGGAUCCGCAAAAGUUGAAGCGAUCCCAGACUCGUGUUGAAGAUUUGGUAGAACAAUCAAUCAAGAACGCAGCGCGAGGAGGUGUUGAAGAUCUACCUCUACAAGACGCUGCACUGAAAGCUUCAAAUAUGGUUGAUUACGCCAUCCGCGCAACCGAUAACAAGGGCGAGAAACUACCAAAGUCAAGUCUUGUCUGGGCGCUGGUUGUAGCAACCGGCGCCGGCUUUACAACAACCAGCUCCCUUCUUUCGUGGCUGGUCUAUGGCCUUGUCACCUACCCUGGAAUGCAAGAAAGACUGCUACAGGAGCUUAUCGACAACGACAUUGACGACACCACCGAAAUCACAGCAAAUGUGACCGAGCGUCUUGACUUCCUUGACAAGUACAUCAAGGAAACCCAGCGCCGACACAAUCCGUCUUUCCAACCUGGCCGCACCGCCAAAACUGACCUGAUACUACCCGGUGGUUACAGGCUGCCCAAGGAUGCCGUCGUGAUUCCAGCAUUGCAUCACAUUCACAACAAUCCUGCGCUCUGGGAUAAUCCCAACAGGUUUGAUCCUGACCGGUGGGACACGGAUGCUGUGAAGUCCAGGCAUAAGGCGGCAUAUAUCCCCUUUGCUGCGGGCCCGCGCAUGUGCAUCGGAUUCAAUUUCGCCCUUCAGGAAGUCAAAGUCUUCCUUCCGAAGCUGAUUUAUCGGUACAAGUUCAUCCGUGAAGGAGAUGGCCCUAUUGAGUAUGACCCGAUGUUCCAGUUGAUCAGGCCAAACAAUCUCUAUGUUCGUGCUGAGAGACGAGUCAAGUGGCCCCCAAAGACUGAGAACUGA